CGCGUGUGUAUGUGUGUGACAUGCGCACAUAAAGCCAGCAGCAGCAGCGACCCACUGUCCGACGCGGGCGCACCGUGAGGACGGAGACCGAUUACCGAAGACAGCAGCAACGGCACCGGGGGAUGUAAACGAGUCAGAAUCGGCCUGAGCUGGACGGAGAGCCGCUGUCAGAGAAUGCCCCAGCCGGCCGACACGCCGUCUGCGUCAGGUCACGGCUGUAAACAAUUAGCCCGCGGCUACACAGACGACACGCUUCAGUCGUGAUUAUUAUCUUUUCACUAGAGGACCGUCCAGCUGACAGGGGUAAACACCGUCCGGCCAGCAUGCCUCCUGCCCAGAGCCUCCAGUCCAGCGGUCUGACCCUCUCUGAGACGAGCAUAGGUUCCUUCAAGAGGAGGAAGAGGAAAUCCAUAAUAGUGACGGUGUUGCUCCUCAUUGUAUCUGUGCUAAUCCUCAUCUUCGGCCUGGCAGCCACAACCAGGACGCAGAACAUCACAGUUGGUGGCUACUACCCAGGGGUCAUUCUGGGCUUUGGCUCUUUUCUGGGAAUUAUCGGCGCUCAUUUGAUAGAGAACAAGAGGCAGAUGUUAGUGGCAUCUAUUGUCUUCAUCAGUUUUGGAGUGGUGGCUGCUUUCUGCUGUGCUAUAGUAGAUGGAGUUUUUGCUGCAAGGCACAUUGACCUCAGGCCUCUGUAUGCUGGCCGCUGUGAAUACCACUCCAGUGAGACGGCAUCUGACCGAGAUGUACCUUGUCAGACAUCAUCGCGUAUGUCCUGUAACCUGCGAGUGAAGAGCAACACCUGUUACUGCUGUGACCUGUACAACUGUGGGAAAGAACAUCCUCUUAUGGGACUUCAGAAUAAAGAUGUUUUGAAAAAGUUUAGGAAAUCAUCCAUGAUUUGGAAGGCUAGCCGUGUAGAGGUGAUUGGAGGAUACCAUGAAUACACAGAUGUGAAGAGCUGCCAAGACGUGGUGCAUCUCUACCACCUGCUGUGGUCUGCUACCAUCCUCAACAUCGUGGCUCUCUUUCUGGGUAUUAUAACCGCUGCAGUGCUCGGAGGCUUCAAAGACAUGACACCCUCUGCUGCCUCAGAGAGCACAUCUGAGCCAGAAGCCAUUACAGCCCCAAUCCCCUCUGAGCCUCCUCAGCCCACCACUUCACUCAACUCAUAUUACAACACCGCCCCCUGCCUGCCACCGUACUCAGCCUACGACAUGCAGGGCUCCUACAUGUUUCCUGACUCUUCAGGUUUGUCGGAUGACUCCCAGUCUGGAGCCAGCCACCUUUGGCCCACUAUGGUCCCUCCACGCUACUCCCCUCCUCACAACCACCCCGACGAGAAGCCCCCACCCUACAGCCCCUAAAACCACCGUGAGUGACAUCAACGGCACCUCAGGCAGCAUCGCUCCACUGAGAGGUGCUGAAUGAGUGGUUUGAAUGCACAAUGUGUCGUGGAUUUUCUCCACAAUCCUUCAAACUGUGAACAUUCAAAGGUGGUGGUGGUGAGGAGGAAGGUCACAGGAUGUGAUCGGCCCGACACAAGGGAUCAAGUGUUUGUCUAACUGGGCGACACUCACACUCUGGCCUGCACUGUGUGUGAAAGAGACAACCUCUUCAAAGCCAGGACUGUUUACACAUCUAUCUGCCUUAAUGUAAAUGGACUCUCAGCGCUGCAGCAAUCUGUCACCUCUGUACAAGUUAAAACACAUGCUUUAAGUUCACCCCUCUUUAAGUCACCUCCACUUAUGUAAAUGCUUCUUGCGGUGGCACUGACAAAAAUGUUUGUAUUAUAUGGUUCUAGACCUGAUUCCACAGCUAUGAGCCCUCUCUGAGUUCAUCGCAGUGUAAGACGAUAGCUACGACGUCUUUAGUGAAUAUACACACAGCCAGCUAGUUAAUCUAAAACUGUAUUUGUAGGCCUCGGAAGUUGUUUGUUUAGAGGUUAAUAGUGUAACAUAUUGUACACUGUUAGAGGCAAAGUUUGAAUACAUGCUCAAGAUGUAUGUACAGCAGUAUGCUACGCAGUUGUUCUUUUCGCGCAGUAAAAGUCAAAAGUAUACAGAUAAAGAUCAUGGUAUCUAUUUAUCAGCUCUUCACUCUAUAUUCAAGAAUAACUUGAAUCACUAUGUGGUAUCUUUCAGAGCAGUGUUAAUGAAGAAAUAGUAGUUAUAGAAAGACAUUAACAGUAACACUCCAGACCUUAUUUAUUGUAUUUUCACCAAAUACAGAAAGCCAAGUAAGCUUAAGUCUCUCACUUUAAGUAGUAGAAUCACAUCAGUGUGAGCUGAAAUGUGUCAUUCUUAAAGUAAAAUUGAGUGUGUACAGUCAGUGCUGGAUUCACUGACACAACAGCAUGAAUAAAGGUCAUAGUCUAAGAGCUGCUUUUAAAAGGAGACAAAAGAAAUGUAGAAUGAAGUGUAAAGUUAGUCCAUAUCCAUGAAACCAGUCUGUCAGCUUUAAUCACUGCUUUUUAUAAUUUCAAGAACACUUUCUCAGGCUGAGAAAGUGUCAGCUCCUUUGUCUUGCAAUUAAAAUUGUUUUGUGUAAAUGGCAA